UGGUGGGGGUGAAAUAUGUGCAGCGCAAUCAAUAAACAGUUUCAAGUGCAGUCAAGUGCCGUUGCUCCGUGCAAGCUGUGGAAUUAAAUGAAUGUUUGCCAUACAAAUCAAUUGCAAGUACAAUUACCCAUGUUAAUAAAACAACUACAACACUUACACUGGGCUUGCUUGUAGUACGCGUUGAGCUCUUGGACAUUUUCUGGCAAUGAAAUAUGUGUUAAAUACUCUGGCGUUCGGUUGAGAAAGCUUCCAAUUCACCUAAGUAUGUAUAUACGGACGACUGGAAUAGACGCAUCAUUAGAAUAACACGCUGAGUGCAUGGAGUCAUUAAACUGUGAUAUAUUGACACGACUAUUUGCACGAUUUAACUUUGGAUUGUAUAUACAUAUAAAUAAAAUUAGCUUUACAACAUUCACAUUGGACAGAGACAAUGGCGCGUCUUAAUAAACGAUUGCUGCCCAUAAAGGCGCAUUUCUUCUUCUUCAUGGCGGGCAUGGGUCCCAUAUUGCCGCAACUUUCGGUGAUAGGUAAACAAAUUGGCAUUCCGCCAGAUAUAAUGGGCUAUAUAUUUGCUAUAUUGCCGCUGCUCUAUGUGUUAGCUAAGCCACUUGUGGGCUUUCUGGUGGAUUAUUUUAUGAACCUGCGCAAGUUUAUCUUUAUGUCUUUGAUUGUGGUCAUGACGCUGGCCUAUGCUGGUUUCUAUUUUGUGCCCGAUGCAGCGCAUGCCAUCAAAGUGGAUGAGAGCAGCUCGGCGUGGAACAUAAGCUGGAGCCAGGAGCCACUGGAGUGCAGUUCGGAGUUGUAUAGCUUGAAGAAUCAUUGCCAACUAAUGCUUGAGGCUGAAUGCAGUCAGCAGAAUUAUACAUUUGACGUAUUGCUGGUGGAUGAACAAGCAGCGCUUGGGCUUAAUCUAACUGCCAAUGUGCAGCAUGCGAAUGCAACGUAUUUGAUGUGCUUGGAGCAGGCAGCUCCAGCUAACUAUUGGAGCAGCGCUGAGGCCGUUUGUGAGCUGCGUCAGCUGCAGAGCUGCAUCUUUGGCAGCGGCAAGUUCUGGCUUUUUGUUUGCCUGCUGUUCAUAGGCACCAUUGGCUUUAAUGUAACCAACUCUAUAUCGGAUGCUUGCUGCUUUGAUAUGCUGGGCGAGCAGCAGCAUGGCAAGUACGGCGCCCAACGUGUCUGGGGCACCAUUGGCUUUGGUGUUACCGCUCUGCUCGCCGGCAUUGUGGUUGAUCUUUGGACUGCAGAUGCUGUCAAGAGUUUUACGCCAGCGCUAAUCAUCAUGUGCAUCUUUAGCGUGCUGGACUUGUGUAGUGUAUCCAAGCUAAAGCUGCCUAAACUGGGCGGCUCCGAGUCCAUUUGGCAGGAUGUUUGGCAGCUGGUGCGCCAGCCACCCAUUGUGACCUUUUUGUGCUUUGCCACCAUUGCGGGCAUCAUCGACUCGUUUAUCAUCUACUUUAUGUUCUGGCAUGUGGAGCAGGUGGCUGAGCAAACGGGUUACAUGGAUCAGAUAAAGCUUAUCGAAGGACUUGUCGUGGCUGCCGAGUGUUUGGCUGGCGAGGUGCCUUUCUUCUUCUACAGCGGCAAGAUUAUCAAGAAAUUGGGCUAUGUGCACUGCAUGAGCAUGUGCUUCUUCUUCUAUGCAGUGCGCCUGGCGCUCAUUUCCUGGAUACCCAAUCCCUGGUAUCUAGUGGGCGUGGAGCUUUUCUUUCAAGGCGUUACCUAUGCGCUUUGUUAUACCUGCAUUGUAGCCUAUGCCUCGGCAGUGGCACCACCUGGCACCUCGGCUACGGUGCAAGGUCUAAUGGCUGGCAUGGAUGAUGGCCUGGGCUUCUCCAUUGGUUCGCUUAUUGGUGGCAUCAUGUUCAAGCGUCUGGGUGGACGCGAGAGUUUUAAAUACUUUGCCAUUGCUGCCAUCUGCACAUGUGUGGCGCACAUUGUGUUGCGUCCUCUGUCCAGAAAGCAGCAGUAUUUACCCAAGAGUGGCUAUCAAGUGCCACAGGAGCAGUUGCGCGCCCAGGCGCAGGCGCAAGCGCUAAAGCAGGAAGUGUUUUAAUUUAGCUUAAUUCCAUGUUUGGU